AUGGUGGAUAAACCAUUUAAGUGCCACCAGUGUGGCAAGUGCUUCGCUCACAUGAUCAACCUCAAGAAACACCAGUUUGUCCACUCAGGGGAGAAACCCUACCACUGUAAGGAUUGUGGGAAGCAGUUCAAUGACAAGAGUAACCUCACCAAGCACAUACGCAUUCAGCUGGCAUUAAGAUCAGAGCUCAACUCCAAGAGUUUAGAGACUCAGUGCUUGCCAGUUCUGCUGGCCCAGGUCGACCCCAGGGGAGCCCGUCCCAUAGAGCACGGCCACAGAGCGGACAAAUGUGCCACCCAGAAAGAAUGGCCUUUCUGCACAGAUGAUGACUGGGGCACGAAAUGCCCAUCGGGCUGCCGGAUCCAGGGCCUGAUGGACAAAUACGACCACGACGUGAUGAAGAGCAUCGAGAGGAUCCGCCACCUCCUGGAGCAGAACCAGGUCAAGCAGCGGUCGACCGACCAAGUAUCCAAACAGACCUACGAUUACCUGAGGGAGAAACUCGUUGUUGAUUCAAAUAACGACAACACCUACUACAACUUGGCCCAGAGCCUACGUCAGCGCAUCGUAGAAAUGAAGAUUAAGAUCGACAGGCAGCUGAGGCUUCUGGCAGCCAUGAAGGAUCGGGUCAAAGACCAGGUCAUGGAGAUGCAGAGACUGGAGGUGGACAUUGACAUUAAACUUCGUUCCUGCAAGGGAUCCUGCCAGACCUACGCCGAGUACUCUAUGGACCAAGACAGCUAUGUGGCACUGGACAAACAGAUGAACCAGCUGGAAUCCCAGUCAGCCCAGAGCAUUGAGACGGUGGGAACUCUCUACGUGAUGAAGAGCAGGCCGCUGAAGGACGCCGUGGUGGAGGACAGGUUCAAAUCCAGGGACAUCGGCAGCCCAAUGACAGCGCAGCAGACAGAAGACGUAUUCCCUGAGGUGAAGACUGUCCAGUUGGUUCUGGAGCAGGAAGGCUCUAGCACUUCUUCCCCAGCAACCGUCUCCAAAGUCCCAGGUACUUCCCACUCCACAUCCUCAUCUUCCUCCUCGUCCUCGUCCUCGUCCUCGUCCUCAUCCUCGUCCUCGUCCUCAUCUGGGACCUCAAAGUCCAUCACUGUGCUUGGGGGACGCGGGGACGGCGACAUCUUUGGUGGUUUCAAUGGUGGGUUUGAAGCCCUCGGCCAGCCAGCCACAUCUCAUGUGUCCACCAAAUCCGUCGGAUGCACCAGGAGCAUUCGGAAAACUACUGUCCACACAACCUCUGGACCAGUGGAGAAGACAGAGGAGGUGAUCGAAGGAGGCCCCGAAUGCCAGGGGAUGACAGAUCUCACUAAGGGAGGGACAGGCUCUUUAUUCCCCUCCCUCAGCCACACCUCUUCAUCCUCUUCUUUCACCAAGACCGUCUCCCAUAGUGGAGGUGCCAAGACCGGAUUUGCAAAUCCCUUUGGCACUGACGUCGGGAUAGACCUUGGAGCAUUCUUGAAAGGCAAUACCGACGAUGACGUUCCUGAUUUCCAUGCCCGGACCUUGAACAACCCACGCGUCGAGCGGCAGGCCGAUUAUGUGGGAAAAGAUUGUGCUGACAUCCAGCAGAAACACCUGAAAGGGGAAACGAACGGCUUGUUUAAAGUCAAACCUGGCGGCUUGGACUCCAAAGAGGUAGUAGAGGUUUACUGCCAGCAGGAAGGGCUUAUGGGCGGGUGGAUGUUAGUCCAGCAGAGAGAGAGCGAGGCGCUGAGCUUCAACCGAACCUGGGCCGAGUACCAUGACGGCUUCGGUUCGGUUGACGCGCAGGGCAAGGGGAAUGUCUGGCUGGGCAACAAGUACCUCCACCUGUUGACUAGUCAGGUUGAGACCAUGCUGAAGGUGGAGCUCGAGGACUGGGAAGGGGGCGUGGCUAAUGCCGAGUACACGAUCAGGGUCGGCUCUGAGGCUGAGGGGUUCCCGCUGCAUGUUUCUGGGUACACAGGGGAUGCCGGAGACGCUCUUGUGACUGGAGUUUCUAAUUUGGGGUCUUUUCUGUCCCACAACGGGAUGAAAUUCAGCACCUUUGACAAAGACAGCGAUAAGUGGGAGGAAAACUGCGCCGAGAUGUAUGGGGGUGGAUGGUGGUACAACAACUGCCAGUCGGCUAACUUGAAUGGGAUUUAUUACAAAGGCCAGUACGACCCAGGCAGCAACAGUCCCUAUGAGAUUGAGAAUGGGGUUGUAUGGGUCACAUACAAACCAGCAGAUUACAGCCUCAAGACUGUUAGGAUGUUUGUUCGACCUGCAGCUUUUUAA